AGAAUCUCACCAUAUUUGGAAGGAUCUCUUAUUUCUCUACCAAAACAACAAAUGAAACAAAAAAUUUAUGACCUGCUGCCAAAAAUGGAAAAAUGGUUAAAACCAUGGUAAAAACUUUCCCAUCCAUAAAGUUAAAAAGGCAAAAGCAGAUUGGAUAGGAGUGGAGAAAGAAGAUGCCUGCAGCAGUCUGGUUUGUUCUGAAGAGGUCAUUCCACUGUAAAUUUUCAAGAGGAGAUGCCCAUGAUCCAAACACAAGUGGUAAAAAACCCACUCCAAGAAGAAGAAGAGCAGCCGCUGCCGCCGCCGCCGCCGCAAGGAAGGUGAAAAACAGGUCUGGUUAUUCAAAGCCAAAUAACCUGCAAGUCUUUCCCAAGAAAUAUGCAGCAAGUUCUGAAUUUGUGACUCAAAAUCCUCCUCUGAAGAAGAGAUUGGGGGCACAUGUGAGAGGAGGAAGAAGCCAAUGGAGUGGGACCCCAAGCAGGAAAGGGAUAAAAUCCAAUGGGAAAUUGAGAGGUUUGAUUUGUCACACAUGUGGUGAGAUGCUCUCUGAUAUGGAAGCUAUGGAAUCCCAUCAUCUCUCCAAGCAUGCUGUUACAGAGCUGGUCAAAGGAGACUGGUCGAGAAACAUCAUAGAAAUCAUCUGCACAAGAAGAUCCAACCAUAGUAAACAUGCGACGCUGAUUCAUAGGGUGCUGAAAGUGCACAACACCCAGAGAAGGCUCGCCGAGUUCGAGGACUACCGGGAAACGGUGAAGGCCAGAUCCGACAAGCUCCCCAGAAAACACGCCCGCUGUCUGGCCGACGGCAACGAGCGGCUGGGGUUCCACGGCGCCGCCGUGGAAUGCGAUUUGGGCGAUUCUUCCUCGGGGGGCUCGUGCGAAUCGAGCAGGUGCGGGGUUUGCCGGAUUCUGAGACAGGGGUUCGCGAUCAACGGCGGCGCCGCCGGGGUGGCGGCGGCAUCCACGAGCGGCGGAGCGCUGGAGGGGGUAAAAGUGGGGGAGGGGAGGCGGAAGGCUGUGAUGGUGUGCAGGGUGAUUGCGGGGAGAGUUCACAGGGCGAUAGAGAGUGUUGAAGAGAUUGGGUGUGGGAAGUCAUUAGGGUUUGAUUCUCUGUCUGCUGGUUUGAAAACCUCUACUUGCAGUCUUGUUCUUGAAGAUGAUGAAGAAGAAGAAGACCUAAUUUUACUCAGCCCCAAGGCUUUGCUUCCUUGCUUCAUUGUCAUUUACAAUGCUGCUGCGUAGUAAAUGAUGAAUUCACAAGAGAACAUAUACAUUUUGGAAUUCGGAACUAAACUUGGUUUUGAAGAGAGAAAAAAAAAAGAUGUGAGAGGAGGUUGAGCCGGGGGUCUCUUGGAAACAACCUCCCUACUUCCGAGUAAGGGCAAAGUCUGCGUACACACACUCUUUCCAGACCCUACUGUAGUAGAAUUCAACUAGGAAGUUGUUGUUUACAUUAAUAUGUUUUGUUUAAAUUGUAUCGAAAAUUGUAAUUCAAAAAGGUGAAUAUGUUUCUAUUUUUAUUUAAAUUGUACGCAGUUAAUGGUAAGUGUUGCUAUGAUAAUUUUGGAUUCUAUUAAUUAAUAAUUAAUGGUAAAGGGG